AUGCUCAACCUUUUCCGCAUCACCGGGGACUUGUCCCACCUUGCCAGUAUCGGCAUCCUCCUCCACAAGAUGGUGCAGAUGAAUAGCUGCUCUGGUAUCUCGUUCAAGUCACAAGCCCUCUACUUCCUGGUCUACAUCACCAGAUAUCUUGAUCUCUUCUCGACCUCAAGUCUCUGGAACCUCGUCUUCAAGAUCCUCUUCAUUACCUCUCAAGGCUACAUCGUCUACCUCAUGACAACGGCAUACAAGCCGACCAACGAUCCUAACCAGGACACCUUCCGCGUCCAGUACCUCCUCGGUGGAGCUGCCGUGCUGGCCAUCCUCUUCCCAUACUACUACACUUUCUGGGAGAUUCUCUGGGCCUUCUCCAUCUGGCUUGAGGCCGUCGCCAUCCUGCCGCAGCUGUUCAUGCUCCAGCGCACCGGUGAGGCCGAGACCAUCACCACUCACUACCUCUUCGCCCUGGGCAUCUACCGUGCCCUGUACAUCCCCAACUGGAUCUACCGCUACUUCACCGAGGUCAACCAUAAAGUUGACUGGAUCGCCAUCACCGCGGGAAUCGUUCAGACUAUUCUCUACAGCGACUUCUUCUGGAUCUACUACACCAAGGUGAUGAAGGGCAAGAAGUUCAAGCUGCCCGUCUAA